AUGUUUUUUCCAAACUCAGUGAAUCAGCAGGUUCAUGGAGGGCCAAUAUGUGCAUCCAGAACGGUGCUGGUUCCCACUUCUAAAAGUGAAAUCCAGCAGAUCUUUAUACUGGCUGAAGGCGGUUUGCUGUUGGAGGGCCCUGAAACUUCCUCUGUUCCCUUCACCUCUCCUGACAUGUUUGAAUCAGUGAGAAGAGACUACAGUGUGCUCUACUGCUUCAGGAAAGAUGCACACAAGAUGGAGAUUUUCCUAAAACUCCUAAAAUGCCAUCAGACUGAAAAGCAGAAUUGCUCCUUUUUCUGGCUCUGUCAAAAUUCUUCUGCCAACAUAUUUUGA